GUUGGCACCGGUCCGAGGAGCGCACGCGGCGUGUUUUGUUGGCAGGAACGCCUGCCGGGCACUCGACGCCUUUUUGGGGGUCGCGAUGAGCUCCAUCCUCGGCUAAUUUUGCAGCGGAUGAUCGCAGUAAGAUGCCGACAUGGAGAUAACAACGCGGCACAGAGCGUCCUUGUACGGAGACAUCGCUCACGGCCUGGGAUUCUGGGCGGAGCGGUCGGCGGUCCACGAGGCGGCGGCGCGAGGCUGCGCGGCGCAGCUGCAGCAGCUGAUCCGGGACGGGGCGGCCGUCGACGCCGCGGCCGGCGACGCCAUCGCGCCUUUGCACGAGGCCUGCGUCCAGGGACACGCCCGCUGUGUCGCGCUGCUGCUGGCCGCCGGGGCGCAGGUGGAAGCCCGUAACAUCGACGGCAGCACCCCCCUGUGCGACGCCUGCGCGGCCGGCAGCCCCGAGUGCGUCGAGCUGCUGCUGGACUACGGCGCCGCCGUCAACCCGCCGCUCUGCAUGUCCUCGCCGCUUCACGAGGCCUGCGUGCGAGGCAGUUCGGCUUGCGUGUCGCUGCUGAUGGAGCGCGGCGCCCGGAUGGAGGCUCGCGACUGCUGCUACGGAACGCCGCUCCACGUCGCCUGCGCCUGCCAACACUACGACUGCACCAAACUGCUCCUCAAUGCCGGCGCGAACGUGAACGCGGCCAAGCUUCACGAGACGGCGCUCCAUCACGCCGCCAAGACGCGCCGCGUGGACCUGAUCGAGCUGCUGCUGGAGUUCGGCGCCGACCCGCACGCCCGAGACUUGGCGGGCAAGAAGGCCGUCCAGUACACGGCGCCGGGAUCGCCAGCACACUGCUGCUUUCGCUUCUACGAGGACACGCCGCUGAGUCUCCAGCAGGCGACCCGGGUGGCCCUGAGGAGGAUCCUGGGUGUGAGGGCGCUGCGCGUUUUUUCCCAGCUGGGUUUGCCCAAUCGCAUGAUUGCUUUUCUGUCGUACUCGCCCCCUCCCGUUUUUGAUGUCUGACGAGCGACGUUGGCUACGUGAUCGGCCCACCUUUGUCGCCGUUGGCGAAGGCCCCCCUGAAGGAGCCCCCCAUGCGGAUCUCGCCGUCCUGCAGGUCUUCCAGCGCCAGGUCCCGGACCGGGAUGGGCUGCCGGUACACCUGGAAGCAGCUCCUGUCGUUGCGCGUCACCGGCCGCGUCAGGACCAGCAGCUCCGAGAACAGGAACACGUGCAGCCUCUGCGACCACGACGACAAUGUUCUCAUCAUCAUCGUGAAACUUUUUCUUCCAAGGGCCGCAUUGUCUAUCGCGAGCGUCUAUGGAGAGGAAAACACUUAACGCCCAUAAAAUCCAAACUAUCGGGCCCGUCGUUCUGAUAUUUUCAGAGGUCGACGUGAGCGUGAGCCGAGAUGUCCGCAUAUAUUUUGGUGAAGAUUGAUCGCGGUUAGCGGACAUUAAGCCACGUUAAGCUUUUUUUACCCUUACGUUAAGCAUUUUAGACUGCAAAAAUCGGCAUCACCUUCAACUACAACGGUGAGCACCCUUCUAGAAUUUUAAGAUGUGAAUAUUAUGUACGUAUGUUUAAAAGUCUACAAAGUGUUUAAGAUUACAGUAUAGGAAACAUGGCCGCCACUUCGACUUUAUUAAACCAUUCCCAACUACA